AUGGUGUAUGAUAACAUGGGCGAGUACUCGAAAGCACUUUCAUCGUACGAAAGAUCACUUGAAAUCCGAAAAAUAGCUCUCCCUCCGAAUCAUCCCAGCUUGGCUACUUCCUAUAACAACAUCGCUUCAGUGUAUUCUCACAUGGGCGAGUACGCGAAAGCACUUUCAUCGUACGAAAGAUCACUUGAAAUCCGAAAAAUAGCCCUCCCUUCGAAUCAUCCCGACUUGGCUACUUCCUACAACAACAUUGCUUCAGUGUAUGAUAGCAUGGGCGAGUACUCGAAAGCACUUUCAUUCUACGAAAGAUCACUUGAAAUCCGACAAAUGACCCUCCUUCCGAAUCAUCCCGAUUUGGCUAGUUCCUAUAACAACAUCGCUAUGGUGUAUGAUAACAUGGGCGAGUACUCGAAAGCACUUUCAUCGUACGAAAGAUCACUUGAAAUUCGAAAAAUGGCUCUCCCUCCGUAUCAUCCCGACUUGGCUAGUUCCUACAACAACAUCGCUAUGGUGUAUUCUCACAUGGGCGAAUAUUCGAAAGCACUUUCAUCGUACGAAAGAUCACUUGAAAUCCAAAAAAUAGCUCUCCCUCCGAAUCAUCCUCACUUGGCUGGUUCUUAUAACAACAUCGGUAUGGUGUAUGAUAACAUGGGCGAGUACUCGAGAGCACUUUCAUACUACGAAAGAUCAUUUGAAAUCGCCGAAAAAGCUCUGCCUCCGAAUCAUCCCGCUUUGGCUACUUCCUAUAACAACAUCGGUGGAGUGUAUAAUAACAUGGGUGACUACUCGAAAGCACUUUCAUCGUACGAAAGAUCGCUUAAAAUUCAAAAAAUAGCUCUUCCUCCGAAUCAUCCUGACUUGGCGGCCUCCUACAACAACAUCGGUAACAUGUAUAAAAAUAUCAGCGAAUGCUCGAAGGCACUAUCAUCACACGAACGAGCACUUGAAAUUCAAAAAAUAGCUCUCCCUCCGAAUCAUCCCGACUUGGCUUAUUCCUACAACAACAUCGGUAAUGUCUAUUACCACAUGGCCGAAUACUCGAAAGCACUUACAUUUCAUCAAAGAUCACUUGCAAUCAGAAUAAUUGCUCUGCCCCCAAAUCACUCCGACAUCGCUCACUCUUACAACAACAUCGGUACGGUGUACUCUACCGUGCGCGUGUACUCGGAAGCACUUUCAUCGUACGAACGAGCACUUGAAAUCCAAAAAAUAGCUCUUCCUCCAGAUCAUCCCGGCUUGGCUACUCUCUACAACAAUAUCGGUAAUGUGUAUCAAAAUAUAGGCGACUAUUCAAAAGCACUUUCAACGUACGAACGAACACUAGAAAUCCAGAAAAAAGUUCUUCCUCCGACUCAUCCUGAUAUAGCUACUUCCUACCUGAAUAUGGGUUUGGUGCAUUCUAACAUGGGUGAAUAUUCGAAAGCGCUUUCAUUAUACGACCGAGCACUUGAAAUUCGGAAAAUAGCUCUUACUCCGAAUCAUUUGGACUUAGCUUCUUCCUACGACAGCAUUGGUUCGACGUAUUCUGCCAUGGGCGAGUAUCCGAAAGCGCUGUCAUCGUACCAACGAGCACUUGAAAUUCAGAAAAAAGCUCUCCAUCCUGAUCAUCCCGACUUGGCUUCUUCUUAUGCCAAUAUCGGUUUGGUAUAUUCUCACAUGGACGAGUACUCAAUAGCAGUUGCAUUUUAUCAACGAUCACUUGAAAUCAGAAAAAAGGCUCUCUCUACAAAUCAGUCGGACUUAGCUUCUUCCUACGACGGCAUUGGUUCAAUGUAUUCUGCCAUGCGCAAGUACCCGGAAGCACUUUCAUCGUACGAACAAUCACUUGAAAUCAGAAAAAUGACGCUCGCUUCGAACCAUCCCAGCAUAGCUCAUUCCUACAGCAACAUCGGUUCGGUAUAUGAUCAUAUGGGCGAGCACAUGAAAGCGCUGUCAUCGUACCAACGAGCACUUGAAAUUCAAAAAACAGCUCUCCAUCCUAAUCAACCCGACUUGGCUUCUUCCUAUGCUAACAUCGGUUUGGUGUAUUCUCACAUGGGCGAGUACUCAAUAGCAGUUUCAUUUUACGAACGAUCACUAGAAAUCCGGAGAAUAGCUCUCUCUCCGACUCAUCCCUCAUUGGCUGCUUUGUACGACAACAUCGGUUCGGUGUAUUCUAACAUGGGCGAGUACUCCAAAGCACUUUUAUUUCUGCAAAAAGCGCUUGAGAUACGACAAAAAUCACUGCCUCCAAAUCAUCCACAUAUUACAAAGUUGAAAACUAAAAUUGAAGAUGUAGAAAAGAAAAUGUAA